AUGGAUCAACUGAAAGUAUUAACAUUCAAUGAUGUCAUAUUAAACAGAAGAGGUUAUUCUAUUACAGGUACUUUAUUAUUAUCUCCUUAUCAUUUAGUUUUCUCUUUUAUACCUACUGGUACAUCAUCAUCAUCACAACAACAACAACCAAAAGAGAUAUGGAUAUGUUAUCCAAUUAUAGAAAGAAUGUCAAAAGCAAGAGGAUCAUUCUGGAUCAAUAACAAUAACAACAACACUACCACUACCACAACCAAUGACAUAUCAUCAUCAACAUCAACACUUACCUCGCCACCACGAAUGGCCAACGAACACUUUGAUCAUUAUACUGCAUCUCAUAUACGUAUCCAGUGUAAAGACUUCACAUACUAUUCAUUCGAUUUUAUGAAUGAUACAAUCUGCAUAGAAGCUUUCUCAAAAUUAAGUUCCCUUAUCACAAUAUCUAAAACUGAAAAUGAUAUUCGUGCUUUAUAUGCUUAUGAAUAUCGUCCAAAUAUGUUAGAACAAUCUUUAGAAACCAAAGGAUGGGACUUGUAUGAUCCAAUUGAUGAAUACACCCGAUUGGAACUAAUAGAAGAGAGCAACUCCACGUCAUCAUCCUAUUGGAGAAUAUCAACUAUCAAUGAUGACUAUCGAUUUUGUCCAUCCUACCCCAAGGUAUUCAUAGUCCCCAAUUCUAUAUCCGAUAACGUCCUAAAACAUGCCGGAAAAUUCAGAUCCAAAAACAGAAUACCCGUAGUUGUAUACAAGCAUCGAGGAAAUGUAAAUGGGAAUGUCAUUGCUAGAUGUGCUCAACCCUUGGUGGGAUUAAAUUUACAGAAUAGAUCUAUACAAGAUGAGAAAUUAAUUGGAGAAAUCAUGCAAUGCCAAGAUUUGGAACGACAAGAAAGGAUAUCUGAAGAUAAUGCCUGGCAAGACCAACCGCAACGGAAUUUAUUGAUUGAUUUGAGACCAAUUGCAAAUGCAUUAGGUCAGCAUGCUUUGGGUGCGGGCACGGAGAAUAUUGAUAAUUAUAGAGGAAAGCAGACAGGUAGUAAUAAUAAUAAUAAAGAAUCUAGUCCAUCACCGACGAAGCCUGAUAGUGGGAAGAAUAUUCGUCAUGUUGAGAAAAUAUUUUGUAAUAUUGAUAAUAUUCAUGUCAUUCGAGAUUCGUUAAAUAAACUAAGCACAAUUCUAAAUGAUCUAGAUAAAUACCCAGCCAGCAACACCAACAACACCAAUACAACCACAGGUGCGGCAUUACAACAAGCAUUAACCAAAACCCAAUGGUUACAUCGUCUUUCAAUAAUCCUUCAAUCAGUUGACAGAAUCACCAAAUCGAUCCAUCUAAACAACACCAAUGUCAUAAUCCAUUGUUCUGACGGAUGGGACCGAACAUCACAAGUAUCUGCAUUGGCUCAAUUAUGUCUUGAUCCAUUCUAUAGGACGAUCCGAGGUUUUAUGAUCUUGAUCGAAAAGGAAUGGCGAGCAUUUGGGUUUAAAUUCGCCACCAGAGCUGAUCAUGGAGGUUGUAUUGGAGCGAUUAUGAAGCAGAAUGAACCAUCACAACAACAAAAAGCAACAACUACUCCACAGGUUAAAGUAACACCAGCUCCUAAUGGGGAUGCUAUAUCGGAAACAUCGGUCGAAAGUGCCGUUAGCGAUGCCCCAUCGACUACUACUACUGAUCUUAAGACGGCAGCAGCUGCCGCGGGUGCAAGUGUGACAUCCUUCCUCCAACGUGCCGCUCGUGCUGCUCGUGACAUAAAAAACACGGCCCAGAGUGGACUCUCGUCACCGUCACCGGAGGACGCAAUAGAGAAUGGCCGUUUAUUAACCAACACAUCAAUCUACGGUGGAAGUAGUGAACGUUCGCCUGUAUUCCAUCAGUUUUUGGACUGUGUAUAUCAGAUCUAUCGCCAACAUCCCACGAAAUUCGAAUUCAAUAGUCGGUUUCUAAAACGGUUAUUCUAUCAUUAUUAUUCUUGUCAAUAUGGGAGUUUUUUAUGUGAUUCUGAAUAUGAACUAUAUGAGGUUUCAAAAGUUCAUGAAUCGACUGUCUGUGUUUGGGAUUAUUUCAAUUCCAGACCGACUGAGUUUAUUAAUAGGACGUAUAAGACAGAAGAGGAUGUUGUUGAUAAUGGAGUGAUUUUUUUUAAUUUUGCUGAUGUGAAGUGGUGGUUUGAAUUAUAUGGAAGGAGUGAUGAAGAGAUGAAUGGAUUAUCGAAUUCUUUGGAUAGGAAAUUUGCUCAAAUGAAUUUGAAUGGAAAAGAGAAAUCCGGGACGCCUAUAUGGCUUUCUAGAUAUGGCUACAUUACCAAAAGAUACUACAGUGCAUUUAUCACGACUGGGGGGAUUCAAGGUGUUGAAGGACGUCUACCGUUUCAAAAUAUCGAACCUCACAAUACCACCACCUCCACCGGCAUAACCAUAACAGAUCCAUUCAUAAUAUAUCAAAACUACAUUCAAUCGGGUCUACUCGAAAAAGAUCCAGAACAAGUUCGUAUCAUGAAAGAAUUUCAAAAACUCUACCAUCGAGUUCUUGAUUAUACACCACCCCAAGACCUUCUGAUCAAAUUAAGUCUUCUUCUCCGAAAAAUCGAACUCCAAACCGCAGAACGAGAGGCACGGGAACGAGGAAUAUCGAAAUAUUCCCCAUUAAAACUCAACGCGAUCCGGGAUUUAUUCGUUGAUCCCGAUCAUGAACGAAAACAACUCAUUAGACAUUUGACCGAUGAAGAGGAAUUGUAUAAUUUCAAUUCACCCCAAGGGUUAUUGGUGAAUGGAGAGGUCGGAUGUGGGAAAUCUAUGUUGAUGGAUAUUUUUGCUGCUAGUCUACCUCAUGAAUCAAAAAUGAGAUGGCAUUAUAAUAAUUUCAUCCUAUGGGUAUUUAACGAAAUGUAUCAGAUUCAAAAUGAACGAUUAUUUACUGCGACAAUGGGGAAUGGAAAGCUGUUAAAAUCUAGGACGAUGGAGAAUGAAUUCAUAUUGUAUGAAUUGGCCCAGAAGAUGAUUAAUAGGAAUACGAUCUUGAUGUUGGAUGAAUUUGUAUUGCCUGAUAUUGCCCAGGCCAAUAUUAUAAAGAUCUUGUUUACGUAUUAUUUCAAAUUGGGUGGGGUUUUGGUUGCCACUUCGAAUAAAUUACCGGAAGAAUUAUAUGCUAAUCAAUUUCAUAAACUGAAAUUUCGUGAUUUCGUGGGGAUUUUGAAUUCGAGAUGUCAUAGUGUGGAUAUGAAAAGUGCCAAAGAUUAUCGGACUUAUUUCGCCCAAGAAUCGGUAAAGGAACCAUAUUUGGUAGUCAAACAAGAUAAUCCAGAGACUCAUGACCGGCAAUGGAUUCAAUUAAUCAAAACCAAAGCAUUGAAUACCCCAGAAUCCCCAGCUCAGAGCAUUGAACAAUUGGGGGGUAAGCCUUCCUCGAUCACAGUAUAUAAUCGUACUACCAAUAUCCCACUCGCAUUCAACAAUAAUACGAUUUGUUAUCUCGAUUUCAAACAAAUUUGUCAGGGGCACCAUUCCAGUUCCGACUAUAUCACAAUUGCAUCCAUUUACAAAACAAUCGUCUUAGACAAUGUCCCCGUGAUGACCACCAAGAUGAAAAACGAAGCCAGAAGAUUCAUUACAUUAUUGGAUGCAAUCUAUGAAUCCAAAUGUCAAUUCUUUAUGAGAUGUGAAGUUGAGAUUGAUUAUCUCUUCUUUCCCGACGCAUUACAUUCGGAAAAUGAAAAGAUUAUGUCGUAUUUGAAAUCAUGUCAGGAUGAUUUUGGAAUUGAUGAGAUUAGAUUACAAGUCCAGGAUGAAGAAAUGUUUGCCAAAACCUCCAUUGCUUUGAUGAAUCCUUACAGACCUAAUAUUUCCACUUAUGACCAGGAUAAAACUAAAACAUAUGAUGAUUAUUCCGAAAACAAGAAUGAGAAUGAGGAAGCUAAGACACCUAAGUUGGAUUAUAAGAAUAUGAAAGCAUUCACCGGGGAUGAUGAGAAGUUUGCAUUUAAGAGAGCAGUACUGAGGAUAAAAGAAAUGGUUGGAUCUGAUCUCUGGAGAAAUUCCGAACGAUGGGUUCCAAUCGAUCAAACAAUGAGACCUUGGGAGAACUCUACCCCACAUCAUAUUUCUGAAUGUUCUUCUUCUUCCGUCGCGAUCGAAGCAGAGGAAACAGAUGCAAAGAUCGAUAAAUUAUUAGAGGAACAUAGUAUUCAGGAUCUUACAGAUAAGAUAUUGGUUGAUAAAUUACCUAAAGAAUAUUCCGAGGGGCAAGAUAUUCCAUUCAGACAAUUCAAUACGAGGAUUGCUCCUGUUUUUAAGAGUUUGCAACAUUUUUGGGCAAUGGGGUCUUGGACUAGUGAGAAUGGUAAGAGAUUGAAGGAUAGUAUAAAAAGAUUGGUAAGAUUAGCUUACAAAUAUCCAAACCUUCAUAACACUUGGUACUUAAUUGCAACUGCAUGUCUUACUGUUAUCAAUAGACCACAAGAAAUCCCAAGGGUUUUACAUUUUGCAUUAAGACAACAAUUGUUAGAACUGCCAACCAGUGAACCAACCAUCUUAACUGAUCAAUAUAUUCUUCAAUUAGCCCAAGAUUCAAUCAAUUCUGCUAAGAAAUAUGCUGAUUUAACUGCCGUUGGGGUCAAUUUACCGGAUUUAUUGAUUCCUCAUACAUAUUAUCGUAAUUUACCAUUAGGAUUCAAAUAUCAAAAGGGAGAAGAUAUUCAUCGUGCUCAAGAUAAAAUCACUUCAAGAAUGAGAGAAGUCAUUUUGAAAAGUAUUGCACUUGCCGGAUUACCAAAAGCAAUUAAUGCGUUGAUGAUUUUGAAAUCAACUACUCCAACUAGUUUACGUACUGGUUUAGCACCUGAACGUCCAUUAAUUGUUCAGCCGGGACAUAUUUCUUCUUCAUCUAUCGUGAGUGAGGAUGUAGGUGGAACUAGAUUUAGUUCUGCAAAUGGAAACAACGAGAAUAAUGGAACUACAGUUGAAACCAUUGAUGGUCCAAUCUCUGUUAGUUCAAUUAAUUCAAAACAAAUUCAAAGUGAUUUACAACGUGGAUCUGAUUUUUGGAAUUCAGUAUAUACAAACAAAAUCAAUACUAGAAUUAGACAUCAAAUGUUAAGUGCUUAUCCUGAUUUAUGGUAUUUUGCUUAUCAUCAUUGUUAUGCUCCAUUGUUAAGUUAUACUGAUAUCUUGUCGGGAAAGGAAACUUCAAUGUGUAUUGUUGCAUGUUUAAUUCCUCAAGAUGUUAAUCCACAAUUGAAAGGUCAUUUAAGAGGUGCUGUUAAUAAUGGUGCUACUAAGGAAGAAUUGGAUGAUGUUAGAUCUAUGGUGAUUGAUCUUUGUGAUUGGAGAGGUGGAGUCCAAUGGGAAGGAGGUAAAGAAAGAAUAGCGAAGUUAUAA